AUGUCAAACAAAGAAUUACAGCAACUUGAAAAUUCUAUUGGAAAAAUUAUAUCAAUAAAUUCAUUUUUCUCUACUACAAUGAUAGAAAAACAAGCACUUCAAUUUGUUACAGUAACGUGUGAGCCACCGAAUAAUCGAUUAGAAAAAGUUUUAUUCAAGAUUACGGCUGAUCCCCGCGUUGGUUCUACGAAACCAUUUGCUAAUAUUCGUAACAUGAGCUAUUUUCCCAAUGAAUCAGAAGUGUUAUUUAUGCUGGGUUCAAUAUUUCAACUCAAUGAAGUUGAACGUAACCAUGGCGAAGAUGGUAAAUUAGCAAUUAUUCGAAUGUCAUUGUGCGGCAAUACUAAUGAUGAUUUUAAUAAACUAUAUGAUUAUAUGAAGGAACAAAACGGAGCCGAAGAAAUCAAUCUCUUAUCAUUGGGUCAUGUUCUAUGUUCGAUGGGACAAUUUAAUCUGGCAGAACAGUAUUGUCAUCGAUUUCUUAAAGAACUUUCAUUAGUGGAUUCUUUACGUGUCGAUGUCUAUUGUGAACUUGGCAUAAUUGCUAAAUCGACAGAACAAUAUGAUAAGAGUCUUGAACUAUAUCAUAAAGCAUUAGAGUGUUCAAUGCAGAGCCGUCCAUCGGAUCAUGUGGCUAUUGCUAAUAUUCAUAAUAGCAUCGGUGAAGUUCAUUGGGCAAAGGACGAGCAAAAUCAAGCACUUGAAUCGUUUAAACAAGCUGUAGCAAUCUUGGAGCAAGCACAUCUUGGUAUGCAUCACGCUAUGGCUUUGUUCCAAGACAACAUCGGUCGUGCUUAUGAAUAUCAAAAGAAAUAUUCUGAAGCUGUAGUUUACUAUGCAAGAUCAUUAAUGAUUCGACAAAAGUGUUUACCAUCUGAUGAUCCGUAG